UGGCCGUCAGAGCCCCCCAUGGCAUCCAGCCUCUCUCUAAUCGGGACUCUGUGCAGCAGGGGAUUAUGCUUUAAUCAGAGGCUGUAUGGGAAUUGCUUUCAUAUAGAUUAUGGGCACGGGGCACAUCCCCAGCAGUGGGGAAGCCCCAGCCCUUCAGACUCCCAAGCAAUCUCGAGUCUUGGUGGAGCAGGGAUUAGCGGGGGCAUGAGGCCGCUGCAUGGGUGGGUGUGCCACUGCCUCAUCUGCUGCCAGUCCUUUGACCUUCAAUUGGUUUUUUUGGGCUAAUCCUCUUGUGUCUCCCAUGUGCUGACUUCCUGCACCCCCAAUUGCCCUGCAUGUAUUGUUCUGGGUGCCCACAGCCUGGGGCUCUCACCAGGGCUUGUGCCAGCCCCAUGGGUGCUUCCCCAAUUUGGGACCCAUGUAAUUGGGGAUAUUUCAGCCUGACUCAGUGUAAGCUGUAGUUUGAUGACUUCUUCCACCUCCCCACCACUCUGAUGUGGCAGCAUCUGCUGUCCCCCUGCACUUCCACUGUCCCCUGCAAGCACCCUUGGGUGCAGCGAAGGGAAGGUCCUUCCACCCUGGCUGUAGCUUCCCCUCCUAAUGCCUUAAUCCUCCCCUGAUCCGCGGCGCCCCUGGGGCUGGUUCCACUGACCUUGCAGGCACUGGGACCUGGUGGGCACCCUGGGGCAAGAGCUGCUGCUACCACCCACCAUGGCCUCCUUCUUCACUGCUGCCCUGAAGAGCUUCCGGGGGGACAAGGACGAGUCACCCAAGGGGGACCCCAAGGAUGACAAGGCAGCGGCACUGCCCAACGGCAUGGCCCGCGAGGAAUUUGAGGAGUACCAGCGGCAGCUGCUGGAGGGGAAGAUCGAGCGGGACAAGAUGUUUGCACAGAGGAAGGCAGAACGAGCCACGGUGCGGAUGCACCUGCGGGACAAGUACCACCUGGCCCAGGACGAGCGGGACGACGCCCAGGUGCACGUGGCCGGAGGUGCGGUGGAGCUGCCGCAGGACCUGGCAGCCAUGGUGCACAGCGAGAAGGAGGAGGAGGAGGAUGGCAGCGCCGGGGCCUUCGCCUUCCUGGAGAAGCUGCGGGAGGUGGAGUUGCCGGCGCUGCGGGACCGCGCGCUGAGUGGCGUGGACCAGGUGAAGGAGAAGUGCGCCCUGAUGUAGCGCCACUGGCAGGUGACACCGGCAGGCUCUGGGUGCCUUUACUUGGCGUGCGAGUCCGAAUACACAUGUUAGGCGUGGGUUUUCUUCCCCAAAACCAUUCCCAGCUGCUUUCCCAGGGUGUGCAGGGGUGCAGAAUGCCUGGGUCCCCUCCAGCCGUUAUGGUCAGGUCCCUCUCGUGGUGCUCCUGGUGUGAGCCCCCAUAUGGGGCAGGUCCCUGACACUGUUACCCCCCUUAACAGCCUUGGCACCGUACACCAUUUGGCUCAAUAAAUACAGCACUUGCUGGCACCAUUCUGCUCGUCCUGCCGUAUCCCGCAACUACACAGU